AUGGGUCAUAUGGAAGCUAUAUCCGUGACGGCUAAUAACGCGUAUUAUAUGCCGCAUCACCCAGUGAUAAAAGAGUCCAGCGUUACGGCGAAGCUAAGGAUCGUUUUUAACGCCUCUGCUAAAACCACCACAGGGAACUCCCUUAACGACGCGCUGUUUAUUGGACCGCAACUCCAACAAGAUCUCUACUCUAUACUGAUGCGUUUCCGAACGCAUCGGUACGCAAUAACCGCCGAUGUUGCGAAGAUGCACCGCCAAGUUUGUGUAUCGUCGAAUCACGUCGAUUUGCAACGUAUCGUUUGGCGCCCUGAUCCAUCCUCGCCCAUUGUAGAUUACCGCAUGCUACGAGUAACUUAUGGGGUGGCUGCCGCAUCUCAUUUGGCUGUAAAGGCCUUGCAACAAACUGCCAAGGCUUCCUCCAACAGUUGUGAAAAAGCCGUAUCCGUGAUCUUCAAGGACUUCUACAUCGACGACUUGCUCACUGGUGCGUCUUGCAAAGCCCAACUUCAGUCACUACAACAAAAUAUCUCUGAAAUUUUAAAAGGAGGCUUUGAACUGCGAAAGUGGGCGUCAAACUGCAUGGAGUUGAACGAGCGUAUUUCCAGCGGUUCUAAAAGCAUAUCGCAUUACGUAGUUGAUGGUAAGGAUGUUCAUGCUCUUGGUCUAAGAUGGAACAUAGAAGGAGAUCACUUCACAUUCGCAGUCCGCCUGAAACAACAACCCGCUAUUCCAACCAAGAGAGCAAUCUUAGCCGAUGCUAGCACUCUUUUUGAUCGUUUGGGUCUGCUUGCUCCAGUAACCAUAAGGUCCAAGAUGUGA